AUGUCGCUUUCUACUACCAUCAAGCUUCCUAACGGGAAGGAAUACGAACAACCACUUGGACUUUUCAUUGGGGGUGAAUACAUUACCCCGGAAGUUGACUCCAAGAUCACCGUUAUCAACCCAUCCAACGAAGAAGUUAUCACCGAGGUCUACGCUGGAGAUAAGGCUGACAUUGAUAAGGCUGUCGUCGCCGCCAGAAAGGCAUUUGAGUCCCCAGAAUGGAGAGGAAUUGCCGCCUCUGCUCGGGGAGAUUAUCUGUACAAGAUUGCACAGAUCAUCGACAGAGAUCGUGAGCUUAUUGCUUCUAUUGACUCGAUUGAUAACGGUAAGCCACUGCCUGAGUGUGUGGAGGGUGACCUGGAGGAGGCCUAUAACGUUUUCAAGUAUUACGCUGGAUUUGCCGACAAGAUCACCGGUAAGACCAUUGAGACCUCACCAGAGAAGCUCGCUUACACAGUCCAAGAGCCAUUGGGUGUUUGCGGUCAAAUUAUCCCAUGGAAUUACCCAUUCAUGAUGCUUGCCUGGAAGGUUGCUCCAGCCUUGUGCUGUGGUAACACUGUCAUCUUGAAACCAUCCGAGGUCACUCCUUUGUCUGCACUCUACUUCGGCAAAAUUUGCCAGGAAGCUGGUCUUCCAGCAGGUGUGGUCAAUGUAGUCAAUGGCUACGGUAAGACUGCUGGUGCCGCUCUCAGUGAACACACUGGUGUUGACAAGAUCGCCUUCACAGGCUCCACUGCUUCGGGCAAGUUGAUCAUGAAGGCUGCCGCCAACAACCUCAAGAAUGUGACCUUGGAAUGUGGAGGCAAGAACCCAUUGAUCAUCUUUGACGAUGCUGAGCUUGACCAAGCUGUCAAGUGGGCCCGUAUCGGUAUAUUCGACAACAAAGGUGAGGUGUGUACUUCUACCUCUCGUAUCUACGUGCAAGAGGCUAUUUACGACAAGUUUUUGGAGGAGUUUGUUGCUCAUAUUAAGGAUGUCACCGUGGUGGCUGAUCCUUUCGGUGAGAAUACCACUCAAGGUCCACAGGUCUCCAAAAUGCAGUACGAAAAGGUUCUAUCGUACAUCGAGUCUGGUAAGGCUGAGGGUGCAAAAUUGGCAUACGGUGGUGCCAAGGCUAGUGAGAAGGGUUAUUUCUUGAACCCUACCGUUUUUUCUGAUGUCCAAGAGGAUAUGAAGAUAAAUAAGGAGGAGAUUUUCGGACCCGUGGUCGCCGUUUCCAAGUUUUCCACUGUGGAAGAGGUCGUACAGAAGGCUAACGACACCAGCUAUGGUCUUGCAGCUGCCCUUUUCAGCCAGAACGUUACCCAAUGUGUUACUGUUGCGAGUAAAUUGCAAGCUGGUAUGGUAUGGAUCAAUUCUAACAACGAUUCACAUUUCGGUAUUCCUUUUGGUGGCUACAAGUCUUCUGGUAUUGGUCGUGAGCUAGGCCCUUAUGCUUUGGAUGCAUACACCCAGACCAAGGCUGUCCACAUCAAUGUUGGACUGAGAGUUUGA